CAUUGCUUACCCUUGUGUCUCUCUCUUCGUUAGCGAUUUCGUCUCCUUCACCGUAUUUAGAUCAAUUCUGCACACACUCUCUCUCUCUCUCUCUCUCUCCUCUCCUAGGAAGCCCUAACACCCACAGUUUUAGUCCAUCUAUUAAUCGAUCGUUGGCCUUCAAGCCCCAGCAUCAAAGUCAGAGGUAUUUCAUUUAUUUCUUUCGAUCGAUCAGAAUUAGGGUUCAUAUAACCGCAACAUUACUUUUUGAUUCGGAGGUGUCGAGAGUUUUUUUUUUUUUUAUAUUGAAUCGAUCAUGUUCACGCGGAUUUUCGGCAAACCCAAGCAAGAGACCAAUGCUCUUGCGACGUUGGAUAAGCUAAACGAGACACUUGAAAUGCUUGAGAAAAAAGAGAGAGUACUUCAAAAGAAAGCUGCUGCAGAGGUCGAAAAGGCCAAGGAAUUUACCAAAGCAAAGAACAAGAGGGCUGCUAUACAAUGUUUGAAGACGAAAAGGCUCAUUGAACAGCAAAUUGAGCAGCUUGGAAAUUACCAAUUACGUAUCCAUGAUCAGAUGAUAAUGUUAGAAGGUGCAAAAGCUACAACAGAGACGGUUGAUGCAUUAAGAACAGGAGCAUCUGCAAUGAAGGCAAUGCAGAAAGCAACGAACAUUGAUGAUGUGGAUAAGACAAUGGAUGAAAUAAACGAGCAAACUGAGAACAUGAAACAGAUACAGGAAGCAUUGGCUACACCUAUUGGUGCAGCAGCUGAUUUUGAUGAGGAUGAACUGGAAGCUGAGCUUGAAGAAUUAGAAGGUGCUGAAUUGGAGGAACAGCUUCUUCAGCCUGCAACGACAGCCCCUGCGGCUCCCGUGCAAGUCCCAGUACGCAGGCAACCAGCUCGACCUGCUCCUCAGAGGCGCACGGCUGAGGAAGAUGAACUCGCUGCGUUACAAGCAGAAAUGGCACUGUGAGCAGGUGCUUUUUCCAUGUUAUCUGUAAUUGAUCCCGUGCAUGGAUUUCAAGUUCUAUAAGUGGCUGUAGUAACAGCAGUUAAUAUAUCAGUGGACUUAUUGGUGUACUUGAAACACGUCGUUUCUUUAAUCUCCUCUAUUAUAUUUAGGAUAAA